UCAAUGGUUGAUGAACCAAAAAUCUCUCUCUUGAUUCUCCCAAUCUUAGCUGUCUCUUUUGGAGGCCUAUUUUGAGUAAACAUUUCUUCCUUUUAUCUUCCUCUAAUUCCCUCAUGCACUCUUGUCAAAAGGUGUAGGCACAAAGAGAGAGGGCUCUAUUUUUUGGAGUUAUAUAGCCAUACACACGUGCUGGAUUCUCCCACCCUUUUGAUCCUUGUCUCGACCGAUAGCUACCUCGCUUAGGAUAGCAAACCAUGUCUGACACCAUGUCAUCCGGCCCUCUCGACCGACCGAACAAAGGUGCCAACGAAGUUGAGAUGUCGGAGGAAGAGAGGAAGACAAGACUUGCGUCUCUUAAGCAGAGAGCAAUCAAUGCCUCGAACAAAUUCAGGCAUUCAAUGAAGAAGAGAGGUAGGAGAAAUAGCAGCAGAGUGAUGUCGAUUUCUAUCGAAGACGACAUCGACGCCGAGGAAUUACAGGCAGUUGAUGCCUUCCGCCAAGCUCUGAUAUUAGAAGAACUUCUGCCUUCAAAACAUGACGACCAUCACAUGAUGCUCAGGUUCUUGAGAGCUAGGAAGUUCGACGUUGACAAGUCUAAGCAGAUGUGGUCUGACAUGCUUCAAUGGAGGAAAGACUUUGGAUCUGACACAAUAAUGGAGGAGUUCGAAUUCAAGGAGAUAGACGAAGUGUUGAAGUACUAUCCACAAGGGCACCACGGAGUUGACAAAGAUGGACGACCAGUGUACAUUGAAAGACUUGGACAAGUCGAUUCCACCAAGCUCUUAGAAGUGACAACUAUGGAUAGAUAUGUCAAAUAUCAUGUCAGAGAGUUUGAGAGGACCUUUGUUUUGAAGUUCCCUGCUUGCUCCAUUGCUGCAAAGAAGCACAUUGAUCAGAGCACAACCAUCUUGGAUGUCCAAGGAGUGGGACUCAAAAACUUCAACAAAUCUGCUAGGGAACUCAUCCAGAGACUACAAAAGAUUGAUGGUGACAACUAUCCAGAGACUUUGAACAGAAUGUUCAUCAUCAAUGCUGGAUCUGGAUUCAGGCUUCUGUGGAACACUGUAAAAUCAUUCCUUGACCCAAAAACCACAGCCAAAAUCCAUGUUCUUGGCAAUAAGUAUCAGAGCAAGUUGCUUGAGAUCAUUGAUGCCACUGAACUUCCAGAGUUCUUAGGAGGUUCUUGCACCUGCACUGACAAGGGUGGUUGCAUGAGAUCCGACAAGGGACCAUGGAACGACCCGGAAAUUGCCAAGAUGGUUCAAAAUGGGGAAGGGAAAUGCAGGAGAAGGUCAUUGUCCAAUGUUGGAGAGAAGACCAUUUCUGAAGACGACAACACAGCAAGCACCAAGAGAAGUGGUUCAUUCAACUCAGAAGCAGCUCCUGAGGCGGCGGCAGCAGCUGCAGCAGAGUCUAACAUGUCACCAAAGCAAGCAAAACUGUCCCCUGUUAUGGAAGAAAUGCAUGUGGCUCAAAAGUUUGGUUGUGGGUAUCAAUAUGACAAGUUCAUUCCUGUAGUGGAUAAAGCUGUGGAUCCAAGUUGGGCACUUUCAACUGAGAAAUACACUUUGUCCAAAGACCCAUUUGCAGUGCAUGAAAACUACAAAGUCCCAGAAGGGUUCAGCAACCAAAUAGUUGGAGGAAUAAUGGCUUUGGUAAUGGGAAUAGUGACUAUGGUCCGGCUAACUAGAACCAUGCCAAAGAAGCUCACUGAGGCAGCCAUCUAUAGCAGCACCGUCUACUACGACGGUUCGAUGGUGAAACAUCCGGCGCUACCGUCCCCCGCUGCCGUGCCUCUAAGCGACUACAUGACCAUGAUGAAACGCAUGGCCGAGCUCGAAGAGAGGGUCAACGUCCUCAACAUGAAGCCCGCCGCCAUGCCCGCCGAUAAGGAGGAAAUGCUCAAUGUUGCUUUGGGCAAAGUUGAAACUUUGGAACAAGAAUUAGAAGCAACCAAGAAGGCACUCGAAGAGUCUCUUUCUCGAGAGGCAGAACUGACCGACUACAUCGAAAAGAAGAAGAAGAAGAAGAAGAUGGUGAACCCCUUCCGCUGGUGAAUGUGAUUAUUAUUAUUGGUGUUACAUUAUAUAAUAGGAGCUUGGAGAAAUAACUCCAAAAAAAGAUAAUAAAAAAAGAAAAAAAAAAAAAAAGAAAGGAAGAUAUAAAAUGAGAGAAAGGGUUUCUCCCUCCUCUUUCUCUCUCUAUCUCUAUUACUCUCUCUCUCCCCUUUUCUCUCUGUCCAAUUGGUUGUAUCUUUGGAAUGUAAUUUGAGACAUUGAUUACUUGGUAUUAUCA